AUGGCUAAGUGCAAUAAGUGUAACAUUCAAAUCAACAAGUCCGAUGAGCCGCCAGCGGUUAGCUGCAGCAAAUGCUCACUAUACUGGCAUGUAUUGUGUGCCGGGCUACGUUGUACACCGCGGGACAAAUUAAAUUGGCGUUGCGAUGCAUGCAGACUUAACCAGUCGAAGAAAACUGUCAAGAGUAAGGUUACAGCACACGAAGAUUCUUCUUCUCCGAAAUCUCCAGUGGUGAUCGAGGGGGAAGAAAUUGUAGCUAAUAUCAAAGAUCUUCGCCAGGAGCUUGAGUCUAUAAAAAAGGACAUGAACGAGAAGGCGCCUAAUAUUCAGGUUGGGCUUGAAAAAAGAAUUGAAAUCGUGGAAGCAAAAUUGAUGGACCUAGAAAAUCUUGGAGACUUAUUAAAUGGCUUUCAAGUUAGGGUUACAGCUCUGGAAGAAUGUAAUAACUACCUAGAACAGUGUGAAAGGGUGAACAACUUAGAAGUACAUGGCCUUGCUGAGCAACCUAAUGAACAACCAAUAGACGUAAUCCUUAGAAUUUCAGAUUUUCUUGGGAUUGCAAUGACGAGAACGGACAUAAGG